AUGACAACAGCCUGGUUUCGGCGUCUAUCCCGAGACCAGUCGAUCGAUCGGCAGUCGUCGGACGGUGAGAACAUAACCAAAAAGAUCUCCAGUGUCUCGUUAGGACAUCCGAUCAACAAGCACGGUCCACCACCGUCCUCGUCACGGUCGAGAGCGUUCCUGCACGGCUUGUAUCAAGCCUCGAAGCGACGAUUGUCAUUACCGGUCGAUGACGAAAACUGUGAUCGACAUAGCGUGUUGGGACACAAAUGGGGAUCGACUGAUGUUAAGAAACGGCAUGGUUCUACUGAUCUUCUUGAGGUGCUUUGGGUGUUUUAUUGCAGGGACUUUCUUUACAGGGUUAAAAAUGGCAAGAACUUUGUUUACAAAACAAAAAAUGGCAAGAACUUUCUUUACAAAACAAAAAACGGCAAGAACUUUCUUUACAAAAAAAAACAGCAAGAACUUUCUUUACAAAACUGAAAACAGCAAAAACUUUCUUUACAAAACAAAAAAAACCUAUUGACGUCAAGAAAUCUUGCCUGCCCUUAUAUUAUCAUUGAUAUUUUUUGAUUUUUCAACAAUUUUGAGCAAAAAGCUGUGUUAUCAGUGAGGUUUCAAAGCUUUUUUUGUUUCAUCUGACAAAAUUUAUUCGAUAAAUGUUAUAUAUGUUUGAGUUUUUUGAUUAAUAUUAAUCAAAACAAUCAAAAUGAGCUUCAAUUUUACCCCUGUUAGCUUGUAUAAUGUAAGUUGUGGUGGUUUAGGUAACAAAAUUUUGAGAAGUGUGUAAAUUUAGGUAACAAAAUGGAAAAAAAAGUUAUACUUAGGUAACAAAACUUAAAAAAUGGUUAUAUUUAGGUAACAAAAUUAAAAAACCGCAAAAUUUAGGUAAUAAAUACCAAAAACUGCCAUAAUUUGAGAAAAUGACAUAUUUUUCAAAAUAUAAAAAAUUUUUAAAUUUUAGCCAAAAUUUUUAAAUUUUUGAAUUUAAAUUUUUUCAGAAAUUUGAAAACGUUCGAACUCCAAAACAUUCCUCAACCUCAGACCUGACCAGACGAGUAACAGUGGUCGAUAAGCCUGGUCAAGACAAAGCACACUACACUGGACUACGUGGUAGGACGGCUAAGAAAUUGGCACGAAGAUUGGUGGGUUUAAAAUUUUUUUAAAAAUUUUAUUAGGUCCGACAUAAAGAACCCGCCAUUUUUUACAGGAAAAUACAGGAAAAGAAUGGCGGGUUCUUUAUGUCGACACCUUAUGAUUUGAUUUGAAAUUUUAAACUCUGGUUUACUGUUACAUUUUAAAAAUAGGUGUAGAUUUCUCUCAUUAGAAUAACUACGGCGUAUUUUACAUUUUGAUUUACUUACAAUUGUUACUUAUUUUACACUUUUUCAAACACAAUUCAGCAUAUAAACGUGUACGUUUAAUGUAAAACUGCAUUUGCGUGUUAUAUUUUUAAUAAAAAGUAACAAAAAAUAAAACACUAAGAGUAUAAAUAAGUCUACUACAUGUACAAUUUGAUUAUUAUUUAUUAUAAAAGUCUUUCACAUCUUUUCGUUUUAUGGGUACAAGCAGAGGAAGAAAAGGCAGAUAUGGGUAUGGACAAGUAAAGAAAGAAGAAAUAAGGGUAAGGGUAAGUGUGAAAAAGAGGGAAUAUAUAGGUAUGGACAGAGGAAGACAGGGAAAAUAUGGGUGCGGCCAGGAGAAGAAAAGAGGAAAAUGAGUAUAGGCAGGGGAAGAAAGGAGGAAUAUAUGGACGGGGGAAGACAGGAGGAAUAAGGGUAUGGAGGUUUUUUUCAAAAUGA